CACAGACAGGAAGAGGCGCGGACGGGAAAAAAGUCAAGAUGGCAACUGGUCCAGAGAACGGACUGAAAAGAAUAGUUUGGAAAAGAAUCAAAGAAACAAUUAUCGAAGACUGCAGAAAAUCGGAAGUAUGGAAGAUAUUGAUUCUGGACCAGUUCACAACCAAGCUCCUGUCAUCAUGCUGCAAAAUGUCUGAUCUGAUGUCAGAGAAAAUAACAAUUGUGGAGGACCUGUACAAAAUCAGAGAACCCGUUCUAGAAAUGAAGGCCAUCUACUUUAUGACACCAACAGCUCAGUCUGUGGAUGCCUUUAUUGCAGACUUCAAGCCUAAACCCAAGUACAAAGCAGCAUAUGUUUAUUUCACUGACUACUGCGAUGAUGACCUCUUCAACAAUAUGAAGCUGUACUGUGCAAAGUACAUUCGGGUAUGCAAAGAAAUAAAUAUGUCCUUCAUGCCUCAUGAAGCACAGGUGUUCACGUGUGAUAAUCCGGGAGCGUUUCAGAGCAUCUACAGCCCCUACAGUCAGGACAGAAAAAAGACACUGGAGAUGCUCGCAGACCAGCUUGUCACGCUCUGCGCCACGUUGGAUGAGUACCCAGGAGUCCGAUACAAAAAAGACACCAACAUGGAGUACGCUAAAACCCUGGCAGAGUUGGUGGACAACAAGCUGUCCAGACACUAUGAGAUGGAUGACAGCAAUAAGAAAAAGGACAAGACUCAGGCCCAGCUGCUGAUAGUCGAAAGAGGCUUUGACCCUUUCAGCCCUAUCCUGCAUGAGCUUACCUACCAGGCCAUGGCCUAUGACCUCAUUGAUAUCCAGAAUUCCACAUACAAGUACAAGUCUAAAGAUGGCUCAGAGAAGCAGGCCCAGCUAAAUGAGGAUGACAUGCUUUGGGUUAAGCUGAGGCACAAGCACAUUGCUGAGGUGUCUGAGCAAAUCCCGAAGAUGGUAAAGGAAAUAUCUGCAAACAAGAAACAACCAGAUGGGAAGAUCACCAUCAGCAAUUUGGCCCAAAUGAUGAAAAAGAUGCCUUCAUUCCGUAAACAACUGACACAGAAAUCCGUUCACCUGCAGUUGGCAGAAGAUUGCAUGAAACAUUUUUCCAACAAUGUAGAGAAACUCUGCAAAGCUGAGCAGGACCUUGCAAUGGGCUCAGACGUGGAUGGGGUGAAAGUGAAGGAUCCCAUGAGGACUCUUUUGCCAGUGCUGCUGUACCCAUACAGCACCUAUGAUAAGAUCAGAGCUAUGCUGCUUUACAUCUUCAGCGUAAAUGGAACAACAGAUGAGAAUUUGAACAAACUCAUCCAACAUGUGAAGAUUGAAGAUGAAAGUGAAGUUAUCCUAAACUGGAAAGAGAUUGGAGUCCCAAUCAUCACAUCUCCAGGUUUUUUCUCCCGCAAACCUGCCAGACGUGACCGUUCUCGUGAAGAGACAUACAAUCUUUCUAGGUGGACUCCUGGCAUAAAAGAUGUAAUGGAGGAUGCUGUGGAGAACAAACUGGACACUAGGGAAUGGCCACACCAGUCUGAGUGUCCAACUGCUUGGAAUGGUUCCGGAGCUGUCAGUGCACGUCAGAAGCACAAAUCCAGCACUCAGGACGAACGUCGGACUGGCUCACGUCUCAUUAUCUUUGUCAUUGGAGGAAUCAGCCACUCUGAGAUGCGCUGUGCCUAUGAAGUCACACAGGCUGUCAAAUCCUGUCAGGUCAUCAUAGGAUCCUCCCAUAUUUUGACCCCCAUCAGCCUACUGGAUGAUAUCAAGGCCCUAAGCAAACGUCCUAUGGAGACUUUCACAGUUGAGGAGAGGAGAUAUGAGUAAAAUGUCAUCUAACUGACAGACUCUCCCAAUUUACUAUCCUUCCAUAAUGUUAUCAUUAGUCCACUCAACAAAACCCCUACCAUGGGGACAUGAAGGGAAUGUAUUAUUUUGUCUUUUUCCGUAUUACAAUAGGUAUGUGCGCACAUUAAAGUAACUCAGUCAUUUGUGUAGAUAGCUUGACACCAUGGGUUUACCUUGAGAAACUCAAAUGUAUAGUUAAAUAUGGGUAUUAGGAAGGUUGUUACAUGACAUGAAUUCGCCUCACCCUGUCCUGGAAAAAUACUGGUAAUUUUUAUAAGACAGAAUUGGACAUUAGCGCUAAAGUAAUGUACAUAUUGUAUGUAAGCACUGAACCUUGCUCUGCCCUUGUAAACUUGAUCAUCCUUAUGUAUAAACACUUAACAUUAUUUGUGUUUCUAAGUGCAGUAUUUUUCUUUUUUGUCUAUAAUUGAACUGUCUAAUAAAUGAAGUGGCUCAAA